AUGAACACUAUUCUCAAAAUAAAGUAUAUAAUCUCCCUUCAACACCCAGAUUAUGAGCUAUUUAUUCUCUAUUCAGACUGUACAACGCAGUCUGAGAUCCCAUUCGGACGCUACGCUCGACUGUCCACAGCAAUCAUGACCGAGAAGUCCGCCAUGGCAGAGCAUGUCGAGAAACAUGAUUCAAUUGCCUCUGAGGCAGAGGGCCAUGUUCACUCAGAUCACUCCGACCUGAAGACCAGCACCGAAGCCCACGCCACAAUUGAGAAAGAGCACAACAUGGGCCCCUGGCAAGCCCUCAAGCUCUACCCAAAGGCAGUCGGCUGGUCCCUCCUCCUCUCAUGCGCAAUUAUCAUGGAAGGUUACGACGUCGUUCUCAUAGGCUCAUUCUUCGGGUUCCCAGCCUUCAACGAGAAAUACGGACAACAAAUGUCCGACGGAUCCUUCGGUCUAGCCGCUUCCUGGCAAGCAGGCCUAACAAACGCAAUGUCAUGCGGCCAAAUUAUCGGUCUCUUCAUCAAUGGUCUGGUAUCCGAGCGCUUCGGAUACCGCAGAACCCUAAUGGCCUGUCUCGCCGCGACAGUCGGCUUCAUCUUCAUCCUCUUCUUCGCCCCAAACGUGCAAACCCUCGUCGUUGGCGAGUUGCUCAUGGGUAUUCCCCUGGGUGUCUACCAGACUCUCACAGUCACUUAUGCGUCGGAAGUCUGUCCCGUUGCACUGCGCGCCUACCUAACGACCUACGUCAACCUAUGCUGGGUCUUCGGGCAACUCAUUGCCUCAGGUGUGCUUAAGGGACUAGCUGAGCGAUCAGACCAAUGGGCCUACCGGAUUCCAUUCGCUAUUCAAUGGGUCUGGCCCAUCCCCAUCUUCAUCGGUGUAUAUCUCGCACCCGAGAGCCCAUGGUGGCUCGUUCGAAAAGACCGCCGCGAAGACGCCGUGAAGGCUGUUCGACGGCUCACGCGGGAUACACCUGGGUUCAAUGCAGAGGAAACUGUCUCGAUGAUUGUUUAUACGAAUGCGCUGGAAAAGCGCGUUGAGACAGGCACUUCGUAUCUAGAUUGCUUCAAGGGGACGGAUCUGCGGCGCACGGAGAUUGCAUGCUGCGUCUGGGCUGCGCAGUCUCUCUGUGGUGCUGGAUUGAUGGGGUACUCGACUGUGUUUUAUCAGCGUGCUGGACUGGCUGUUUCGCAGUCUUUUACUAUGUCGUUGGUGCAGUAUGCUAUUGGGGUUGUGGGAACUAUGGGCUCAUGGGUUCUCAUGACAUACUUUGGUCGACGCACGCUGUAUGUGGGUGGACUUAUGUUGUUGAGUGUUGUGCUGCUUGUCAUUGGGUUUGUCUCCAUUGCCCCGUCGACUUCGGCAAUCUCCUGGGCUACGGGCUCGAUGUUGCUUGUUUAUACGUUUGUUUAUGACUCGACUGUUGGACCGGUGUGUUUCUCGCUGGUUUCGGAGAUUCCUUCUUCGAGGCUUCGGAUCAAAUCGGUCGUGCUGGCACGAAAUGUGUAUAAUGUGCUCAAUUUGGUGACAGGCAUUAUCAUUCCUUACAUGUUGAAUGUGGAUGCGUGGAACUGGAGAGGUAAGUCUGGUUUCUUUUGGGGUGCACUGUGCAUUACCUGUCUUGUCUGGUCUUUCUUUAGACUCCCUGAGCCGAAGGGACGCUCUUACGCCGAGCUGGACAUCUUGUUUGAGAACAAGGUGCGCACUAGAGAAUUCCCGUCUGCAAAGACAGGUCUAGUGCAGGAGGAGCUCAAGGGCGAUGGAUCUGUCUGA